AUCGAUCAGCACCUUCCAUCGCCCAUCCUCCAGCGCACCUUCCUUCGUGCCUACAUCCGCCUUGCUUGUUUGCAUCUACACAUCAAAAAAACAAAGCCCAUCAUGUCUGCGGAAGAAACUCUCCAGGAUGUCCCUGAAAGCGAGAUCGAGUCCAACUGGGAUCAAGUCGUUGACAAUUUUGACAACAUGGAACUCAAGCCCGAGCUCCUUCGUGGCGUGUACGCCUACGGUUUCGAGCGCCCGUCGGCGAUUCAGCAGCGGGCCAUCGUGCCUGUUGUGAAGGGCCACGACGUCAUUGCACAAGCCCAGUCCGGUACGGGCAAGACCGCGACGUUCUCGGUCUCCAUCUUGCAGAAGCUGGACCCGAACGUCAAGGGCACUCAGGCGCUCAUCCUUGCGCCGACCCGCGAGCUCGCGCAGCAGAUCCAGAAGGUCGUCGUCGCACUGGGCGACUACAUGAACGUCGAGUGCCAUGCCUGCGUCGGCGGCACGAACGUCCGUGAGGACAUGGCGAAGCUCCAGGAGGGUGUCCAGGUCGUCGUCGGCACGCCCGGACGUGUCUUCGACAUGAUCAACCGUCGUGCCCUGCGCACGGACACCAUCAAGAUCUUCUGUCUCGACGAGGCCGAUGAGAUGCUCUCGCGUGGUUUCAAGGACCAGAUCUACGAGGUCUUCCAGCUGCUCCCCCAGGACACCCAGGUCGUCCUGCUCUCCGCCACCAUGCCCGCCGACGUGCUCGAGGUGACGAAGAAGUUCAUGCGUGACCCCGUCCGCAUCCUCGUCAAGCGUGAUGAGCUCACGCUCGAAGGUAUCAAGCAGUUUUACAUCGCCGUCGAGAAGGAGGAAUGGAAGCUCGACACCCUCUGCGAUUUGUACGAGACCGUCACCAUCACCCAGGCUGUCAUUUUCUGCAACACCCGGCGAAAGGUCGACUGGCUCACCGAGAAGAUGCACUCCCGCGAGUUUACGGUUUCCGCCAUGCACGGUGAUAUGGAGCAGAAACAGCGUGAGGUCCUGAUGAAGGAGUUCCGCUCGGGCUCGUCCCGUGUGCUCAUCACGACCGAUCUCCUCGCCCGCGGCAUCGACGUGCAGCAGGUUUCGCUCGUCAUCAACUACGACCUCCCCACGAACCGGGAGAACUACAUCCACCGCAUCGGUCGUGGCGGUCGUUUCGGUCGCAAGGGCGUCGCGAUCAACUUUGUCACGACGGACGACGUGCGGAUGCUCCGCGAUAUCGAACAGUUCUACAACACCCAGAUUGACGAAAUGCCGCUCAACGUCGCCGACCUCAUCUAGACACGCACUCACCCGUACACGCACUCGCACGCCCGCACCGAAUCGCACGCUCACGAACCGACCCCUGACACGCUUGAACCUUCGUACCCACCCGAUCGACACCACUCACAACCCCUCCAGCUGCCUCCGCACUCUCCACCAGAGCAACUCCACCCUCCUCCUCCGCCACCUCACCCCACCCUACCCCUGCCGUGCCGUCUCGCGUCUCGUGAUUUGUGAUUCGAUCGCGGGUUCGCGUGUGCUUCGAUUUUUCAUCUUUGUUCGCCUCCUUUCGUUCCGUCCCUCUCGCGCUUUUUCUUUUUCUUUUUCUUUUCCGUUUCUGUUCUAUGUCUCUUGUCGCGUUGACAUCCCCGCCUGGCAAAAGCCCUCGCUCCGCUGCACGUAUUACUACCACUACCACUCCUUGUCGUCGUCGUCGUACGCUGUCGUCUGUUGCCCGGGCGAGCAUGUAUGUAUCCUCAUGUGCAGCAGCUCCCGAAUCGUCUCGUCUCGUCUCGUCCGUUGCCCCCCGUGCCAAUGCGAGUCUAUGUCUUAUCUCUCUCCCUCGGUCCGACCGAGGUCGACGAGUGCGUUUGCCCGUUCCGGGAUCCCAGGAUCCGUCGAGGUUCCGAGGUGUCGAGGUUCCGGGUUCUGAGCGGGUGAGGCGGUGCGACGUGCGACGUGCGACGUGCGUGCGACGUCCGUCGGGAUUCAUCUGUCUAUACACGUGUGUGCGUAUAUCACGGAGCC